CGAUGAAAGAGAGGUGAAUCGCGGAGCAAGGUACAUAUAAGUGAAAGUUCUACGAGGAACAAAUAAACAUAAAAAUACGUAGUGAGGCUGAUGUCAGAGUGAAAACUAGAAGUGAAGAAAUCGUGUUUUCCUCGUUAAUCUAGGUCCAGAAUCCCAUCACAAUGGCGUCCACGUCGUGCCUUAAGGUUGUGGUCUACGGACUGGACAUUCUAUGCACGUUGUUGGCCUUGGUGCUGAUAUCCUUUGGAAUCUAUGUGGUUGUAUCCUACGAUCUAAAUGAAGUCGGCUCUUUGUCGGCCUAUGCCUACGUGGCUCUGGGAGUGUCCGCGCUGUUGAUCGUGCUUUGGGGAUAUCUUUCCGCUUGGCGCGAAAAUGUGUGCUGCACAGUCACAUUUAUUGUACUCCUUUGCCUAGUCAUCGUUGCUCAGUUCGCUGUCGUCUUUUUGUUGUUCUCCUAUAACGAGAGUGUGGCCUCCAACUUGUCCCAUCCCCUGGAAGCCACUUGGGAGGAGGAAAUGAACAGUCCCGGAGCCAUGUCCCUCUACGAAAAUUGGUUCCAAUGCUGUGGCCGGGGCAGUCCCCAGGACUAUAUUGUAAACGAUAGAUUGCCGCCAGAUACCUGUUUCCGCAACCAUGACAAGACCAAACCCGAGAAUCUGAUUCACAACGGUUGCCGGGUGGAGUUCGAGAAGUACUGGCAGAACCUGGUAUACAUUUUCAACAUUCUGGGUUGUGUCCUUAUUUGCGGGGAGCUUCUGUUGAGUGUCAUUUCUUGCUGCCUCUGCAAUACGAUUCGAAACGAUACACGUCGCACCUACUAUUGAUUGGAAAAAUUCGCAUUUAUAAUAAACUGGGUUUAUUACGAAUUGGGAAGCAACUCUCUAUAUUUAACAAAAAAGAAAGGAAAGCUAACUUCGGGCGGUGCCGAAGCUUAUAUGCCCUUGCAGAUAAACGAUAUGGCAGCUAGAGGAUAUGGACAUUUGCACCUUUUAAGAUUUGUACAACAGAUCGGUUGCUCAAAGGAAAGAUAACUUUUUCGCUGCGCUCAAACUUGGAUUAUAAUACUCUCUGCAAGGGUAGAAGAAGCUCAUUGUUAUUAUAUUUAUUAUAUUUAUUUGGCAGGCCAUAGGUUUAAGCAAACCCAUUUUUAAUUGUUAAAUUUUAAAAGUUCGGUGUCCCAAUUAAAGAUUCCCCUUUAGAGCAGAUCUAUUUACCAAAUAUAAUGAAUAUAAUAGGAUAUAUUGAAUGUAUUUCAGUACCUAAAAAUAUUAUGAAUUUAACACUCACGUUGUUUUAAAUGUACACAUGAAUAUAUUAAAUAAAUAUUAUAAAUAUAAUAAUUAAAUAAAAGUCUUUAAUGAAAGAAUUUUGAAGUGACUCAUGUUGGUAACAGUUGUUGGUUGUAUUUGAUUGUUGAAUAAAAAAAACAUUAAAAAUUCAUGAAAAAUAAACAAC